CAACAAUCACAUUCUUCUCCAAAAGAAAACAAAUCUCUCUCCCUAUUUCUCUCCUCUGCUUCACCACCAAAAAGCAUCUUCUUCUCUCGUCUUCUCCGGUUAAACUAAAAUCUGUGUGAAUCGUUUGUGAAUGGUGGAAACUAAUCCGAUCGGUGUUUACGAAGAUGUUGCUCUACAACAAGCAGAAGAAGAACCAAAACGCUAAAGGGAAUAGAAUUCUCAUUAGCGUUACGGUUUUGGGUAGUGCCGGUCCGAUCCGGUUUGUUGCUUUUGAGGAUGAUCUUGUUGCCUCUGUUAUCGAUACUGCUCUUAAAUGUUACGCUCGUGAAGGUCGUCUUCCACUUCUUGGAUCUGAUUUCAAUGAUUUUCUUCUUUAUUGUCCUAUGGUUGGACCUGAAGCUUUAAGCACAUGGAAUGCAAUUGGGUCUCUUGGAGCAAGGAACUUUAUGUUGUGUAGGAAACCAGAAGAGAAGAAGGUUGAGGAAAGUAAUGGAAGAUCUAACUCUACCAUUAAUGGAGCAAGAAAAGGUGGAAGCUUGAAGGCUUGGAUCAACAAAUCCUUCAAUCUCAAAGUCUCAAGCCAUUAAGAUUAUGUUUCUUCUCUUUAAUGAAACAAUAAGACCAAU